AUUUUAUAAUUUAUUAUUGUUUAUUACUGUACACUAAUAUAAGUAAUAUAACGUAUCAUUAAUUAGGUUUCCGGGUAGUACAAGUGUUGCAAUAGGACAAAUAUUGUGAGUGCCAAAUGCCAAUUUCAUCGCGACAAACGCAGGAUAAACUGCACAAAACUACGACAGAAAAACUAAAAAAGAAUUGCUUAUUUAACUGUUACAUAUAACAGUUUUUUACGGUCAGAGUGAAAUAUAAUAAAACAAAUAGGUAUGUCAUCGACGAAGAAACUUUUACAAGCUCUGAUUAUGGGUGCCCCAGGCUCUGGAAAAGGAACUGUGUCUGAACGUAUAGUCCGAUCGUUUGACAUGCUACACAUAUCCAGUGGUGACAUACUACGAAAAAUGAUUAGAGAGAAGACUGACAUUGGAAUUCAAGUCAACAAAUUUGUGUCCAAUGGGCAACUCGUGCCUGAUGAGCUGAUGUUGAAAACUAUUGGUAGCGAGUUGAACCGUCUAUCGUCUGCUGAUCGUAGCUGGCUGCUGGAUGGCUUCCCUAGGACAAAACCGCAAGCAUUGAGUCUAUUCAAAAUAGCACCUGUUCAAGUAGUUAUUAGCCUCGAAGUACCAUUUGAUAUCAUCAUCAAUAGAGUAAAAGGUAGAUGGAUACAUGCACCAAGUGGACGAGUCUACAAUACAGAUUUUAACGCUCCUAAGGUACCUGGCCAUGAUGAUGUAACUGGUGAACCACUAAUGCAACGCGACGAUGAUAAACUAGAAUCUGUUAAAAAACGUUUAGAAAUAUAUUCUGAGAUGGCUGGACCUAUUUUAGAGUAUUAUGCUGAGCAAAAUAUUUUAGCAAAAUUUUCAGGAAAAACUACCAACGAAAUUUGGCCUCAAGUUUACAAAUAUUUGGCUACCAAGAUUGAACCGAAGGAAAAACUUGCAUAAGAGUUGUAGAUAUAAUUGUAUCAGCCAAUGUUUAAAUUGUUGUUCUAAUUUUAAUGAUACAUUGUU